AUGUCGAUGUUGGAUCCUGCAGUCGUCUCCGCCUUCCUUCAGGAAAGCUUGGCGACCGACCGUCAAGGCGGCCGCUUGCUGAAGAAGAUUGGAAGCAACGGCCACUGUGGCACUCAAGGCACAGCCGAGAGGAUCCGCCGAGUCUACGCCAUGCCCGCAGAUUUGCCGCCAGCUUGUCGAACGCCCGAGGCCAGCCGACCUGACCGGCAAAUUCCCAUGGUGUCGCCUGCGCGUCGUGGUGCGCAAGGUCUUGGGAAGUCCAACAGCUCGCCCACUUUGAAGUACCAGCCCUUUGAUCCAACACGAACUGGAUUGAACCUCAAACACAAUCGGCAUUUUGAUGUGCCAUUCCCACAGCUGUUGUUUCAGCACCGUGUGUUUCAACGUGACAGUGACUGA